AACAAUAAAGUUAUCACCACGUGGACAUGAGUUGACGAUUCACCUCGAUUUUUGCUAUAGAAAUCAGACUUUUCCGACGUAUAAAACAAAAUGAAAUUCAAUCCUACAUGGGUUUACGUCGUUUCAUUUGUGGAUUUGUUUGCUGUUAGCCUGUCUAUACCUCUGCUAUCUACACAUCUCAGGGCACUGGGAGCAUCUCAUAUUGUAAUUGGAUUCUUCAGUUCACUGUAUGCUGGAACUCAACUUAUCAGUGGGCCUAUUAUCGGAAGUUGGAGCGACCAAAAAGGACGACAAGCAAUCUUAUUAAUCAGUCUGACAGUAUCUGCAAUUUCUUACAUUUUCCUGGGCAUUGUAAAAUCCCUAUGGGUGAUAUUAAUAAUCCGAGCUGGUUUGGGUACUUUCAAACACAUCCAAGUCUUGGCACGGACCAUUGUAGCUGAUAGAGUAUUACCAGAGGAACAAAGUAAGAUCUCUGGCCGCUUGACUGCUCUGUCAAGUGCGGGUUUCAUUGUUGGGCCUGCAAUUGGUGGACACCUUGCAGAAUUGGAACAUGGAUUUUCUUACUUGUGUUACUGCACUGCUUUAUUGUUUGCUGUCAAUAUUGGAACGACGUAUUUCUUUCUUUAUGAUCCACCAGAAACUGGGUCACCAGAUGAAACCAAGACGUCUCUUAAAAAAAAGCAGUACUUGAGUAUAAGAGAGCAAAUGUUGUGUGUAGUGCGUCAUUUAGUCAAUGUUGAUUGGAUAAUUUAUGGGGAUGUAUUUGCUCUAAAGUUCCUAAUGGCUGUUUCUAAUGCAAUAUUCACAUCAAAUUAUUUUGCCAAUGUUCAGGAGACAUACAAUAUUUCGCCUCGUUGGGCAGGCUAUACGAUUUCUUUUCAAGGUCUAAUAGCAUCUUUAGCAGGCUUAUUAGCUGGUUGGAUAGACCAGAAGUUUUACAAAAACGAUCUAACCUUCCAGCAGCGUAAUUUACAUGGAUUUAUAAUCAUAACAAUAUCUUAUGUAGGACUUUUCACUGCCCCAACUUUGCAUCUUUUCAUGCUUAGUAUCAUACCACUUACAGCAGCUAGCUCUUUAGUAAGAAUAGUCGGAAUGGACAUGGUCUUAAAACGAUGUUCUCCAACGCAGCGAGGCUCUUUGGUUGGUACUAGCAACAGCAUAUCUAAUAUUGCCCGUUUUGUAGCACCGUUGCUUGCAGGUUUGAUGGGAGAUCUGUACGGGACUAGAAGCGCGACUUUGUUAUGUAUAUUAUUAUCCAGUUUAGGUAUAAUUGUUUCACUAAUGGUCAGACAAUACAAACCCAUUCAACUAAAGGUUGACUAAGUUGAAAGGUUAAUAUUAAUAAUAGGCACAAUAUUAACCACGGCUUCUGUUGCUCUUUAUACUUUGAAUUCUAUUAUUUUCUGAGGGUAUAACCAUGCCGUGUGAAGAAAAAAAUUUGGUCAUUCUUGUAGUAUCAGGUAUUUUGACAAGGUACACAUACAUAAGAUGUUGCAUUAUUUCAUUUUAGUUAUUCGCUCAAAAUAACUACAGUUGAUCUACAGGAAGGUCUCGUAAGAGGAUCCAUUCUGAUCCGCAUGGUCACUAGCAGCCCCAACAGAUGCACAACUUUUAGCUGAGCCAAGUGUAGCGGGUCAAUGUUGUGAACGAAUACUUUUAGUUGUUGCUAGCGUUGGCAGUGACCGCGUGGCUCGGAACCAGGCCCUUU